UUCAAAUUAAUUUCUUAGAAUUAUUCAAGAAGGUUUACACAAUUUUUUCAUAUCGCAAUAUAAAAACUUAAACAUGUUGAAUAUUCAAUAUUUUCGAUUUUGUUUAGUCGCUAUUUUGUUAUGGUCUUGUGUCUUUACCAACGCUUAUUAUUACUGUAAUAAGCAGAAAAAAUUAUGUCGCAAUGAUAAGCAUUUUAUGUGUGAUCUAGAUUCUGUGCCUAGCAAAGGCGAAGUUCUUGGUGUUUUGCCAUUGACAGGGUCAAUGAAACGUCUUUAUGUCGAUCGCCACAAUGAACAUCGCAACAGAAUAGCAGGAGGUGAACAAAAAUUCGGACUUCCAAGCCGUGGAUAUUUUCCUAAAGCCACUCGCAUGCGUGAAGUAAUCUGGGAUGACGAAUUAGCGUAUAUAGCCGAAAUCCAUGCGAAGCGUUGUCAUAUGAAGCACGAUGCUUGCCACAGUACUGAACGGUUUCUAGUUUCCGGUCAAAACCUUUAUAUAGGGGGUAGAGAUGACAAGCCAAAGGCAGUGAUUAAUUAUGUUUUGCGUGCGAUAGAUGGUUGGUGGAAAGAAUAUGAAUAUGUAGAUGAUGGAAAUGCUCUGGCUGACGAGUUUCCGAAAGGAGCCGCGGACUGGGCCCAGGUCGGUCACUUCACUGCAAUGGCCAACGAACGUGCAGCUUUUGUUGGCUGUGGUUUGGCGUUAUGUCAAAAUUGUUCUAAGUUCCUUUAUUGUGCAGAGGUUACUUGUAAUUACUCACCCACCAAUUUAUUAAGUACGUUCAUGUACAAAAAAGGCAAUUCAUCAGCAUCUGAAUGUGAGUAUUUUGAAAGUGUUCCAAGUAGUAAAUACCCGCAUCUUUGCGAAAAUACUGGCAAAAUUUUUAAAGAUUAAUGUGUUGAAUAAAUUUUCGUAUUACCUAUUCAUAAAUAAUAUUGACCUUAAGAAGUUUUUGUGUCAUAAUUGA